UUUUUAUCAUUAUUGUGAACAAGUAGUCACCUCUACAAUUAAAACCUUAAACCCUAUUGAGCGAGGAGCAGAGCGCAGUAGAAAGUAACUAAACCAAAAGAUGAGACCACCACGUGGCGGCGGGAGCUUCAGAGGAAGGGGAGGAAGAGAUGGUGGCGGCCGUUUUGGUGGCGGUAAUCGUGGAGGUGGCCGCUUUGGUGGUGGUGGUGGUGGCUGGCGUGACGAAGGACCUCCCGACCAAGUCGUAGAAGUUGCAACCUUUGUUCAUGCUUGUGAGGGUGAUGCUGUGACCAAGCUCUGCCAAGAGAAAAUCCCUCACUUUAAUGCCCCAAUCUACCUACAGAACAAGACUCAGAUUGGGAAAGUAGAUGAGAUCUUUGGUCCCAUUAAUGAAUCUCUGUUUUCUAUCAAGAUGAUGGAAGGUAUCGUUGCUACCUCAUAUACCGAAGGGGACAAGUUCUACAUUAACCCUCUUAAGCUAAUGCCCCUAGCAAGAUUCCUUCCACAGCCAAAGGGACAAUCUACGGGAAGUCGUGGGAGAGGCAGAGGUGCUCCUAGGGGCCGUGGAGGAUUCUCAACCAGAGGUGCUCCGAGGGGUCGUGGAGGAUUCUCCAGCUUCAGAGGUGCUCCCAGGGGGCGUGGAGGAUUCUCUAGAGGUCGUGGGAGAGGAUACUAAUCUUAUAGCCUUAGUUGCUUGUAGUUUCGCUUUUUAAUCUUAGAUAAUGAAAAAUGUUUUAAGAAGUAAUAAUUGUUUUCCAGUUUCAGUUUUUGAUACUUUGGUUUUAUCAAGUGACCAGUAGUAAAAUGUUGAUCAA